UUCUCUUUUUAAAUUUUAUUAAUGUUAGACUAUAGAUACAAAUAAUGAUGAAUGUGUUGGAGAUUGGAAGGGAAGGGAGAUGGAUGACUAGGAUUAGGGUUAAAUCAUAACUCUGAUACCAUAUUAAAUUUUAAGAACUACAUUUUACAGAACUGUUGUGUCAUUAUUUCACUUAAAAUAAGUAGAAUGUAUAAAAGAGAUGGGAGAUCUGUAAAAAAAUCUUAAUAGAUAUACAUGUAUCCAUCCACAUGCAUAUCUAUAUUAUAUACAGUUGUACAUAGAUAUACUAUACUCUAACAAUGAAAAAAGAUUUAAUCUUUGAAAAGUGAAUUUUGUGGUCAUUCUCACAGGCUACAACAGUCGGUUUGGUUUUGGCUUGAGACCAAAAAGGAACGAUGAGUUCUUCUUAAACAAUGGAGCUGAGUUAUUAGAAGAGUUAAUUACUUCUUCUGAAGGUAAAAGCAGCCCAAUCCGCAUCUUUUCCGUGCAAGAGCUUGAGAAGGCAACUAACAAUUAUGCAGACGACCUAUUUUUUCAUGAAGAUUUAUGGUACAAAAUGUACAAGGGAACCAUCAAUGGUCGAGCUAUUAUUGUUUCUAAGUCAAAACAGUCCAAUUUAAUUUCCUCCUCCAGAGCCUAUGAAGUUGCUGUGCUAUCCCGAAUCAACCAUGUGAACAUAGUGAAGAUACUCGGAUGUUGCCUCGAGAUCGAAAUUCCAACACUAGUGUAUGAUUUCUUCUCCCAAGAGACUCUUUAUGACCGUAUCCACAAAGCUGGAAGUUCAUGCUAUAUUUCAUGGGAAAAUUGCUUAAAGAUUGCAACAGGAGUGGCGUAUGGACUUACCUAUUUGCACAUAGACAUGGCGACACCAAUCAUUCAUAGGAAUAUAAAAUCCAGUCAAAUUUUGUUGGACGAACAUUGUAAUGUCAAAAUCAUUGGUUUUGAUAUAUCACUGCCUAUGCCCUUGGGUGAAACAGAGAUAGAAUGCGUUGUUAUGGGGACCUUUGGGUAUUCGGAUCCAUGUUAUAUUGAGACGGGGCUAGUAUCAGAAAAAAGCGAUGUUUAUAGCUACGGGGCAGUAGUGUUUGAGAUGUUAACCGGAAAGAAUGUUAUAGAGAUUGAGGAAUCGGAGUUGGUUUCUAAGUUUGCUGAAGAGAAGCUUGUUAGCUUUGUUGAGGCAAGUCUUCUUAAAGAAGUGAAGAAAGAUCAACUGAUGGCAUUUGCACAGCUUGUUAGGAGAUGCCUUUCGGAAAGAUGGGAUGAGAGGCCUACAAUGAAGGAAGUUGUUCAAGAACUCCGACGAAUUAAAGGGUUAUGAAAGUUUCAAGAAAGCCCUGCUCUUUGAUCACCAUAAGCCACUUUGGGAUGUACUAAAGAUUCAUUUUCUCCGCUUUCAUGUUA